CGGCACAAACACAGCUUGUGGGAGCCGAGAGGCCCAACCGGAGCGGCCGCGGGACCGGGACAGAGCGAGGGCCUCAGCCCAGCGACCACCAGCCCCACCAGCCCCACCGAGGGAGCCAGGCCCCGGCCACCAGCGCUGGCUGGUCCUCUCGGCGCCAUGACCUUCUCCAAGCUCGUGGACAGUGUGAACAGCACGGGCCCCUUCCAGUUCCUCCUGGUGGUGCUGCUGGGCCUCCCGAUCCUGGGCAUGGCCAACCACAACCUGCUGCAGAUCUUCACGGCCGCCACGCCCGCCCACCACUGCCGCCCGCCCCCCAACGCCUCCGCGGGGCCUUGGCUGCUCCCCGUGGGCCCCGGCGGGAAGCCGGAGCCAUGCCUCCGGUUCGUGUCCCCACCCAACGCCAGCCUGCCCAACGACACCCGGGGGGCCACCGAGCCGUGCCUGGACGGCUGGGCCUACAACAGCAGCACCGGGGACUCCAUUGUGACUGAGUGGGACUUGGUGUGCGACUCGAACAAACUGAAGGAGAUGGCCCAGUCUGUGUUCAUGGCGGGCACGCUGGUCGGGGGCAUCGUGCUGGGAGGCCUGUCUGACAGGUUUGGCCGGAAGCCCAUCCUGUCGGGCAGCUACCUGCUGCUGGCGGCCAGCGGCUCGGGCGCAGCCUUCAGCCCCUCCUUUGCCGUCUACAUGGUCCUGCGCUUCCUGUGUGGCUUCAGCAUGGCCGGGGUCACCCUGAGCACCGUGAUCCUGAAUGUCGAGUGGAUGUCCACGCAGCUGCGGGCCGUCAUGACGGUCGGGAUCGGCUACUUCUACACCGCUGGCCAGUUCAUUCUGCCCGGCCUGGCCUACGCUAUCCCCCAGUGGCGCUGGCUGCAGCUGACCGUGUCCGUUCCCUUCUUCGCCUUCUUCCUGCUGUCCUGGUGGGUCCCAGAGUCCAUCCGCUGGAUGGUGCUCUCUGGAAAGUGUCCCAAGGCCCUGAGGAUCCUCCAGUGGGUGGCGGCCUUCAACGGCAGGAAGGAGGCGGGAGAGAAACUCAGCCUGGAGGAGCUCAAGCUCGACCUGCAGAAGGAGAUCUCCUUGGCCAAGGCCCACCACUACAGCGUGGCCGACCUGUUCCGGACUCCCGUGCUGCGCCGCGUGACCUUCUGCCUCUCCCUGGCCUGGUUUUCCACUGGGUUCGCCUACUACAGUUUGGCAAUGGGUGUGGAAGAUUUCGGAGUCAACCUCUACCUCCUCCAGGUCAUCUUUGGGGGGGUGGACAUCCCAGCCAAGUUCAUCACCAUCCUCUCCAUGAGCUACCUGGGCCGGCACACCACGGAGGUCAUCGCCCUGCUCCUGGCAGGGGCGUCGAUCCUGGCCCUCAUCUUCGUGCCCUCGGACCUGCAGGCCCUGAGGACAGUGCUGGCUGUGUUCGGGAAGGGGUGCCUGUCCAGCUCCUUCAGCUGCCUCUUCCUCUACACCAGCGAGCUGUACCCCACGGUCAUCCGGCAAACAGGCAUGGGUGUGAGCAACAUGCUGACCCGCGUGGGGAGCAUGACGGCCCCGCUGGUGAGAAUCACGGGGGAGCUGCACCCCUUCGUCCCCAAUCUCAUUUUCGGAGCCACCGCCCUCCUGGGAGGCGGUGCUUCCCUCUUCCUGCCGGAGACCCUCCAUCAGGCCCUGCCGGAGACCAUCGAGGACGUGGAGAAACGGUCUCCACUGGCAAAGGAGCCCAAGCCGGAGCCGGAAGCCGAAAAAGACUCCCAGAGGAUCCCCCUGCAGCCUUGCGGACCGAACCUGGGCCCCAGCUGAGGGCAACAGAACCCCCUUUCCCCGCCUCCAGAGCCUCGGCCCAGCCAGGUCCCUGCCUGCCUCGGGGCUCCACAGGCAUCUUGGGGGCCUGGGCGGGUCCCUGCUCUUAGAACAAGUCCCCUGAGAGCUUGGGGACAGUACCUCCACCACCUCAUCUCCCAGCCCAGCCCCGACCAGGGCAAAGAUGCGACCCCCAGCCUGCCCGUCCGCCUUGCCUCGCCCUCCCUGCAGCCCAGGCCCUACCAUUCUUCUGCCUACCCCUCCCCACUGCCACUCUCCCGCACUGUGCCAGCGCCCUUCCCCUGAAGGCCCUGGGCCCCUGGCUCCAUCCCAACAAGGGCGGCCUCCCUCCCCUUCUCGCCCUCCACCCGCCUUGAAGGGGAAGUUCCAAUAAACGCCAAAGAAAAACUGCCGCUCAGGAAGGGGAAGGAGACGGGGGCGGCCACGUACGGACGCGUGAGCUGCACAUCCAUCGUCUGUACUUGCAUGUACGUGGAAGCACGGGCACACGGGCACACGUGAGCUGGGCUGACGUGCACACAUGCAGACACGUGUCAGUACGCCGAGGCAUGCACACUCCAAGCCUUACAUAUCAGUCUGCUCAAGCUACUGUAACAACUCGCCACAGACCGGGUCCCUUAAGGCACAGGCAUUUCUCUCGUGAGGUUCCGGAAGCUGGGAAGUCCAGGAUCAAGGAGCCGGCAGACACGGUUCCUUCCCGGUCAGGUUCUCUUCCUGGCUUGCAGCCAGCCACCUUCUGACUGCAUCCUCACGUGGAGGAGGGGCGAGGAGGCAUGUUUUCUGGGGUCUCUUCUACAAGGACACUAACCUCAUCAUGAGCUCCCCCUCCCCCCCAGGGCCUCAUCUAACCCUAAUGAUCCCCCAAGGGCCCCGGCUCCAAUCACCAUCGCAUUGGAAGUGCGGGCCUCACCCUGUGAGUCUGGGCAGGGACACUGUGCCGCUCAGAGCCAGUCCUGUGCGUGGGGUAGCACGUGUGUAUCCACACGCCCCACAGCGCGUGUGAGCAGAUGGCAGGACGAACCAGAGGGCUGCAGGCAGAUCUUCCUGCCCUGCUCGCCCCACGGCUCUGGUCCAGGCCCCAGCCCCACGCCCACCAGGCAGCUGUGAAAUCUUCAGCCAGAGUUGCCCCCUUCCAUGUCUGCUGCCGUGUCCGCCCCCGUCCUGUCCCUUACCAGUCCCGUCCUCCCUGGGGCCCUGUGUCCAGCCCUCCCCCUGGGUCCCGCCCACCCCCUCCCGCCUGGCUCCUCCCAUCACCAGUUGAGCUCAAGCCUCUGCUAUCUUAAACCAAACAAGCAAAGGCACCCUCCCGCCCGCAUCUCCUUCCAGAGACCACACUGUCUCCUCCCCUGUGCGCAGCCAGGCUUUCUGGAGGAGCUGUCUGCCUCCACUCCCCUCAGGCCUGUCGGUACUGCACUCUGCUCCCACCCCUUCCCUGAAACCCCAAGGGCACUUAGUCCGAAGGUCACUUCUCGUCCCUCCUUCUCACUUGGACUCUCGGCAGAUUUGGUUCUGUUGGCCACGCCUUCCCAGCUCCCUCCCACACUCUGGCUGCUCCUUCUGUCUCCUGUGGGGUCUCCUCAAAGGUCUCGUGUGGAGAGCGGCCACAGCGUUUGGACAGGUUCAAGCCUCAGACUAAUGAGAGGGCACGGUCCUCUCGUGGCAAAGCCACGUGCAAGUCCCAGCACAAUUAUAGCCAAAGGCUGUGGUUGUAUGUGAGCUUGACCUGAUGGUCAGAACCCGUGGUCCCAGGUGGUUGAGAGAUGUGGGCUGCGGGAGGUGCAGCAAGUGCUGCCAAAACAAAGCUUGAUAGAGUUCAGGGGCAUGUGAUUGAGUAGAUUGGAAACCCGCGAGAAUAUUGUAAAAACAUCUUGACCACGCCCUUACUUUGCCUCGUGGAAACUGGCUAUAAAAUAAAGACUCGGUUUGCAGGCCGUAGCACUGUCUCUCCAUCUGAGAGCAGCAUCCCACCUAGCCCCAGCUUCAUUCUCUUGUCUGUCUUCUUUAAUCCUUCACCGACCCCCACCCCCAGGUUCACCCCUGGCCGCGCUGAGCGUGGCACAGUCUAGGACCCCAGAAUCUGCUAACUAAACAGUUACAUGACCCUACACCUCUGAUGGUCCGAGACCACUGCUGACCCGAAUCUCCUUAAUCCCCUGCUCCCUCCUGGGCCCGGAUCUGAGCGUGGAGCUUCUAGUCCAGGGGUGGGCAACCUUUUUGUGAGUGCGUGCGAAAACCAGCAAAAUCUCUGACUCAAAAGUCUUCUGCGUGCCAACCCUAAUUUUUUGAGAA